AUGCUACGGCGAUGGCUUUUGAUGCCAUUGACCGCGGGAUUGCCUGCAACUCUCCUUAGCAGCAGUGGCAGUAUCAGUAGAGGUUCUUGUGUACGUUGUGUGGGCAGCUGGCAGCAAAGUGCAAAACAAAGCCGCCGCUUCUCAAAGGAGGCAAUGAUGGAGGGCCGCAAGCGACACCAUUGGCAGAAGGAAGUGGCGGCGCUGCGGCAGCACAUCAACGAAGAGCAUGGCCUACAGCAGCGACAACGUGCACAACUGAGGCAGAGGUGUGACCGCGCCGCGACGGCCUUGAUUCAUGGCGCAUCACGAGGCUCAUCCGCCUCAGCAGCGAAUGCCUUGGCGACCGCGCGACAUCUUCUUACGCUGCAGGAGGCAACACGCAAGGCGAUGAAAAGUGAAAAGAGCAGACGAAAGGCGAUGUUUGUUAGCGGCAAGAAGUGGCGUGGGUGA